CGCCUCGAGGACGACCCGCGACUCUCGCCUUCUGACCGACAACCAGCUAUAACCUGUUCUGAAGACGCCGCAUCUUGCGCGCAGCUUCCGACGGAUCCCUAGACCGAGACAAGCAAGGCAGCGGCGAAAUCCACAUUUAAUAUAUUUUUGUUAUCACACAACAAAGGCAAAAGCGAGACGUUCUAAAAGGCAGUGCGCAUUCCUCUUGUUGACUGCUGGUUGAGACAGACGGCCAGGAGAGCGUGCCGUGCUAUUUGCGCCGGCAACCCGUAGCCAUGGAGUCCUCUGGCCUGCGUCGGAAGGACACCACCAAAGGACCUCCUUUACGAAUACUCUCACUGGAUGGCGGCGGGGUGAGAGGAUACUCUAUGCUUAUCAUAUUGCAAGAGCUGAUGUACCGGACCUACGUUGAAUGCGAAGGAAAGGCCCCCCGCCGCGACCAGAUUCCCAAACCAUGCGAACAUUUUGACCUGAUAGCCGGCACGGGCACCGGCGGACUGAUCGCCUUGAUGCUGGGCCGGCUGCGCAUGGACAUCGAGACUUGCAAAGAGGUGUACAUCCGGAUGACCCGGCGGGUGUUUGAGACAGACAAGACAAUAGCCGGUAUACCGUACCGCACGACGCUGUUCAAGGCUUCAAAGCUGGAGGAGGCGAUAAAGCAAUGUGUGCGGGACCAUACAGUGGACGAAGAAGAGGGAAACGACGGCACAACGGCGACGAGUGCGAAUCCCUUUAUGCGGAGUGCGUCAACGGCGACACUGCAGCGACGGUUGAGCCGGUCGAGUGUCAGUACGACGAAUACGUCUGUGCCUUCGUCACCGGUGACCAGCCAGACGCUGACGGUGGGCGGGGGCCAGGUAUGGGGGGAUCCAAAUGCGAAGCUCUACGACAACCGGGAGAACCGCACCAAGACUGCGGUAACGGCUGUGUAUAAGGGGACACCGAAGACCGGGACAUCAAUACUCCUACGGUCCUAUGACUCACGGCGAGAACCACCGCCGGAGUUCAACUGCACGAUCUGGCAGGCUGGACGUGCGACUGCUGCCACGGGACUGGCCUUCAAGCCCAUCCAGAUCGGUCAACACAUCUUCCUGGACGAAGGGGCCGGCAAAUACAACCCCAGCCCGCAGAUACUGGACGAAGCCGUAGUAAAUGAGUGGCCUGGGCGUGAGGUUGGGGCGUUUAUCAGUAUAGGAACAGGCAAACGGCCGCAGGGCGCGACAUCGCCGCCGCACGAGUGGUGGGAGGAUGUCUUCCGGGACUCGCUAGGCAACUUUGCAGAGGCACGACGACGGCUGAUAGCAAAGAUCGAGGGCUGUGAGGCGACGCACCAGUUCAUGGUGAAGGACCAUCUGGUCAAACGCAAUGUGCCCCGAGAGGUGUACUACCGGUUCAACGUCGAGGUCGGCGUGGGCGAGUUUGGGAUGAACGAAUGGAGCCGGCUGGCGGAAAUCAGCACCAACACACGCAUGUACCUGGCGAAGAAUGAGGUGCAACGGAUGAACUACGAUGCCGCAGUGAGGCUGGCUCGAGUCGACCGUAUGCACAAGAGGUUAGGGGGGAGGUCCGGGGUACCGUUGGCAGCAACAAACGAGGCCCUGGAGGAGCGUAAGAACCAGCCGGUGCCUCCUAUUCCACCACUGAAGCAAAAAGAAGAAGCCGUCGAUGAGAACAUCUUUGAACUGCCUGCCAUCGAGCUGCCGGCCGAAGAGCAUCUCCAGCAGAACCGGACUCCAAUCCAGAGCCAGGGCCAGAGCCAUCAUCGGCCAGGCACGUCACAGAGCUCGACGGCCAUCAGCUUCAGUUCGUACGACGACAAGUUCGCCGUCCUACCUGGUAAUGAUGACGGACGAGACCUACCGGAGCCCGUCUAUGCGUCUGCCGGCCGUCGCAGCUCAGAUGUGCUCCCUAUCUCGCCAGCUCGACGCAGUCAAGAUAGCCACAGUCGACACCAGCCCUCGUCGUCCAUCGACUCGUCGACCCGAGCGAGCAGUCUGGACGCUCACUCACGCCCUGCCGCGGGACCACCGCCGACAGGACCACCACCGCCCUUACCACCCAAGACACCCAUCCCGUAUCCUGUCAGCAGUGAGGACGUCGCCCCAGGCGCAGUGUCGAUGCCCUCGUUGCCGCCGCGCAACCCAGACAGACCAGUCUCUAUCGUGGGACCGCCGCGGAAGUACAAGCUACCGUACCCAGACGAUGGUCCGCCACCGGUCAACCGCACGCGGAAGCCUACCUACCUCAACUCUAGUUAAAGGGAAGCAAAGAAAGCAAAAAAGAGGUAACGAGUUAUGCGUCUCCUUGUACAUGUCUGUCUAUGUCUGUCAUGUUUGUCACGUUUAUAUCUAUAUUAAUAUCUGACAGCCAUGUCUGUCUAUCAAACUCCUGCCACUACUGCUUCUACUAUUACUUCUACUACUUCUUCUACUAUUACUUCUACUUCUACUGCUAGUCAUUGGCUCCCCUGGUCUUCCUUGAGUUCGUGCCGUCUUCGUUGGUUGGCAGGGAGCCCGUCUCUUGGUCCUGCAGGUCAAACCUGUCUUGUGCUACUUAAUACGAGAUCUCUUCUCCGUCUCCCAUCUCGUUCUUCUUCAUCUGCUCCGUCUUGCAGUCUAUCUUACUCUGCUUCUCCCUGUCUAUCUCGCUGUCCGUCUGCUUCGUCCCUGCCUGCGCCUUUUCUGCGUGGCGUCGACGUCAAGCCUUAGUAAGCCCCUGACUCUCCUCUUUUACUUAAAGCUGUCAACUAACCUUUAACUAACCUUUAACUAACCUUUAACGAA